AUAGCUAUCAUUAUGGCGACCGCCGCCAAAAUACCCGUCAUCGACCUGGCGUCCAAAGACGAAGCGCAGGUUGCAAAGGAUCUGGUCGAUGCGGCUGUUGAGCAUGGCUUUGUGUAUAUCAAGAACCAAGGCAAAGACAUUCCAGUGGAUGCAAUAGACGGUGCCUUUGACCUGGCAAGGAAGCUGUUUGCGUCACCAAUGGAGGAAAAGACAUCAUGUCCCAUUCAAAAAGACAACCGCGGAUACUCGGGCAUGCAUGUCGAAACUUUGGAUCCUGCAAACCAAAGGGUCGGCGAUUUUAAAGAGGCGUUCAAUUUUGGCGAGUGCAAAGACGGCAAGCCUCAGCAACCGCUCCCGCCAGCGCUCACCCCGCACGCUGAUCAAAUCGGCGCCUUCUUCGACCACUGCUACCGGCUAGCCCUGAAGCUCAACACGCUCCUCGGCAUCGGUCUCGCGACCGACCCCCCGAGCUUCUUCCGCGACGCGCACCUCCGCGAACGUGGGCCCUCAGGAAGCAUCCUGCGCAUGCUGCACUACCCACCGCUCGGCGAUGCCGCGGGCGCCUCGGCUGACGACGUGCGGGCCGGCGCACACUCGGACUACGGCAGCCUGACGCUGCUGUUCCGCCUGCGCGGUCAGGCCGGGCUCGAGAUCCUAACGCCCGAGGGGAGCUGGGCGCCCGUGCCCGUCACGCCGCCGAGGACCGAGGACGACCCAUCCCCGCCGAUCCUGGUCAACAUUGGCGACCUCCUCAGCUACUGGACGGCGGGCCUUCUGCGGUCAACGGUGCAUCGCGUCGUGUUCCCGGUCGCCGGCGGGAUGGAGGGUGAGACGGCGGUUGACCCGAGGUACAGCAUGGCAUUCUUCUGCCACCCGGUCGGGAACGCAGCGCUGGAGCCGGUGCCGAGCGAGAGGGUACGGGCCGAAGGUCUAAAGGCUGCCGCUAGGGAGGGAAAUCCAUAUGCGCUCAAGAGAGAUGAGGUCUUGACAGCAGACGAGCACCUGCAAAUGAGACUGCGGGCGAGCUAUGCAGGGCUAUAUGGCGGUGACGGUAAGGAAGGAUGCUCGUGA